AAAAAAUGAGAUUUGUGAUCAUUGCAUUGGUGAUUUGCUUGGCCACAUGUGCUAAGUUGAGAAGUUAAAGUCCUCAGAAAUUGCAAGCAGAAUUGCAAAAGUCAAAUUAUGGAAGAGCCUUGCUACAUUUGCUCGAAUUGCAUUCUAUGGCUGGAGGAGCAGUCUCUGAAUUAGUUGAUGCUAUUGAAGAACUUGUCAAUGACUUGGAUGAAGGACUCUAGUUCUUAGAUUUCAAUUUCUAGCGUAGAACAAAUGAACACAACGCUCUACUUGUUCAAUUGAAUUAACAAAUCCAAUAAGCUCAAAUUGAUGUAAGCAGAUCAGAGGAUGUUAUUGAAAAUCUCUUGGUACCCAGAAAGGAAUAAUUGGAAGUGAGAAUAGAGACUCUCGAGGAGUACCAGGCUCAAAAUAGACAAAAGGUUGAUGAAGAAAAUCUCACAAGAGAACAAGAACAUGAAGCAUACGAAACUUAGGUUGCUGAGUUGAAUGAUGCAACAGCUGCAGUCGAUGAUGCAUUGGCCUUGUUGUCAACACUCAAUAACCCAUCAUUGGCUUAAGUCAAGAAAUUUUAGAAUUCCCUUAAAAAAAUUGAAUAGAGUAUCAAACCAAGAAGCAAAAUGGCUCCAUUUUUAAAGGCAUUGAUUACAUUGGCAUCAAAUCAGAACUUCUCAGAUCAAGGAGUCUUAACAUAAAUUGUCAAUACUCUUAAUGAAUUUAGAAAUGCCAUUGUAGAUUCAAUCAAUGACUUAUCAUUGUAAGAAGUCUAAGACCAAGAGGAUUUCGAGGCCAGAAUAGUUUAAUUGGAUGCUGAAUUCGCUGAAUUCUAGAAACAAAUAAAUGCUCUCAAUGUUGAUUUGACAGCAACUUUAGGUAUCAAUACAUGCUAUUAACAUUCUAGAAAAGAUUGAUCAAGUCACAUAAUUCAGAGAUCAAAGAAGAUUGGACCAAGCCACUUAUGAAUAGUAACUCUAAUUGGAGAAUGACUUGUAUGCCGAUGAAGUUUAAAUUUAUAAUGACACCAAAAAUGAAUUCCAACGUGAAUAAGCAAUAAGUGAAUAGGCUUUGUUAUUAGUAAGAUCUGCAGAUUUUACCAACAUACAAGUUUGAAAUAUUAAUCAAAUUAAAUAUCAUUAA